CGUACGAGAAACAUCAAAUACAAUUCUAUAAAAAAAUUUCGUUUUUUUUCAAGUGACAAUCAACUAGUCCGCGAAUCAAGAUGCUCAUCCCAGAGGUGGACAUGUGGAAUGUGUCCAAGAGUAGUCGCAUUCACCGUCUGACCAUCUUCAAAUGCGACAAGCCGGGUCUGAAAAUGCUGGACUACGCCUCGGUGCGUGGAGUUGAUUCGUUUUACUUGGACUGCCAGGACUACAGGGACCACUUCAAGGACCCUUAUAACCGGGUCCACAAGCCGGUGAGAUUCAGGACGUUUGGCAAGUGCGGCCAGAAGUUGGACCCCGACGAUCAGCUCCUGAUCAUGCCUCCGCUGUGGGGCAUCGAUCGCCAGCCCAUCGUCUACCCCAUCGACUACCAAUCCGACAUGGCACUCGGCCGGCGGGACUGCGAUCACAUCAAGGCAUUCUGCUCCCCAACCGAGAGCCUGAGCUUCAAGCGAUAGUUUGCAGAUCCCCAUGAAUUUACAUUGUUAGCAACAAUUUAAAUACAAUUUUCAGCAUUGCAAAACGUA